AGCAUUAUAUUAUUAUAUAUUUUCAGCAUUAUAGUGCCAUCAUGAAAUACAUCAGCCAAGGCCCCAUGUUGUUAGAUGUCCACAUGCACCGUCCUCAUACUACUUCUCGUAACUUCAUGGAUGCUCUUCUGGCGUUUUGGCCUGGUCUUCAGGUCUUAAAAGGUGAUAUAAAACCAGCAAUUGAAACUCAUGAAAUGCUUUAUCAGGUGAUCCAACGACACAAUUUCUUACCUGAAGCAUUUACCACAGAUUUUCAAGUUCAUUGGGGAGGUCAUCCACUCCGACCAGAGUUCCUAGAAUCUACCUACCUCUUGUACCUUGCCACAGAUGAUCCAUACUAUCUACGAGUUGGGGAGCAAGUUUUGCGUUCAUUACAGAAGCAUGCUUGGGUUCCAUGUGGUUACGCUGCUGUCAAAGAUGUUCGCACAGGUGUACAUGAAGAUAGGAUGGAUUCCUUUGUGUUGUCCGAGACCUUUAAGUAUCUGUACCUGCUAUUUGCUAAACCCAGUGACCUGAUUAUUGAUAUGGAUCAAUUUAUUUUUACCACUGAGGCUCACCUACUACCUCUCUCUCUUGCUAGACUCUCAAACCUAACUGUGGUCCCAGGCCCAGAUAACCAAAUUGAUGCUCAAGACAGUGAUGUGGAAUAUGCACGUUCAUGCCCAAAUGCUCAUUUUCUUUUUCCCGGUCGUCAUGAAUUUGCAGAAACUAUUAGGAGGCCCCUCAAAAACUUUGUAAAUAAUGUUUGCCCUUCACGCAAAACUAUGCAGAGGAAGUUAAGAGCAUCAGAAUUCCAAGCUGGAAACAGUGGACACAUGAGACUCCUGAGAGAUAUGGGCAUCACCAUAAUGGCACUUCCUGAUGGCCGUGUUCAGUUGCUACACACAUCCUCCAAUGCAAAGUCAUCAGAUGAUGCAGAAGAGGGACUUCUGUUCAUGCAAGAGAUGAUAGAACUAAGCAAACUGCAACAAGAACAGCCAGAAAAUCCACCUCGGAUGGUGUCCUUCAGUCACAAGGUUGAUGACAAAAUAACUGUUACUACUAUUCAAGCAGGACCUGCACAGUUUGGCUUAGACCUUAAAGGAGAUGUUACGGUGAGCGGAAAAGUUGUAAAGGCUUCCCCUCUUCGUGCUUGUGGGGAGAUUGAUAAUGAAGAUGAAGUAAAAGGGAAGAUAGUGAUCAUGGAGAGAGGAGACUGCAUGUUUAUUGAAAAGGCUCGAAAGUUAGAGAGCCUAGGAGGAAUUGGAGGGAUUGUUUUGGAUAACACUCCUGGAACAUCAGCUUCAAGCUCACCGAUGUUUGCCAUGUCUGGGGAUGGUACAGAUGAUGUCAACAUUCCUCUUGUCUUCUUGUUUGCUGGUGAUGCUGAAAUUCUACUGAAGGCCCUUCAAGACAACCCAGAUUUGGAAGUGACCCUGGGUGACUUUGCUGAUAAAGAUGAUGCGGAUGAAUUUGAAAUUGAAAAAUCUGAGGAAGAAGAAUCUGUAAACUUUGAAGAAAGUUUUGAUAUCAAGAUUGAUAAUUAUAUUGAUGAAUAUGAUGAUGGUGAUGACGACAAUGAUGACAGUGGUGAGGAUGAUGAAAGGGAUGAUAGUAAAUGUACUGUUGAUAUUUCGAAUAGUGUCCAAGAUACUUUGCUUAACUCCUUUGAUGAUCAUAAUGAGGAUGAGGCCAAGAAAACUUUGCACAAAGUUCCACUUGAGUGUUCAGAGGAAGCAAACCCUCAAAUGCAAACAGUUGACGGAAAAGAAUCUAGCUGGCAUGAGAGUGCUGAUAUUAGAGCUAUUGAGAACAGUCAGUUUAUGAGUAGUGACAAUUUGAAUCAUGAAAUGACUGAAAGCAAUGUAAAACUGGAUGGUAAAGUGGAAAUAGAUGCAGUAUAUGCCCAGGCAGAUAAGAAAGUGGCCGGAGACACUAGGGUAGAAGAUAUCCCUAGUUCUACUGAUUAUGUUACUUCAGAAAAGUAUGAUUCUCCUGAUACUGCUGAUGAUACAGGAAAGGGUAUUGUGGAAGAGGUCCAAGUUCAGAUGACAGAUACUUUGGAAAAUAUUGAUGAAUUAACCGUUGAAACUCACAGCGAUGAUAGUGGAGUAACAGUACCUACUGUCAGAUCAAUAAUUAACAACAAAAGAUAUCAGGGUGGGGACAGCUUGUCGGAUGAUGAUUUAGUAACCGUCGUUGAAGGCCAGCUGGAUUCACAACAGGCACGUCCCCUUAAGGAUUUUGAAGUUCGUAAGAGUCUCCAGAUGGAGAUCCUGAAAUUAUUAGAUGAGGCUCAAACAGCAGAGGAAAUUUUGAUUGCUGCUGUGCGUUACAUCAACAUCAGGCAACUUCAGGAUCAGCCUUCAAGUUCUGCUGUGUCUGAAUUGCAAAAUGUGUUGAUAAAGAAGACUGCUUCUAAUCCAGGCUUAUUACACUCCCUGUUAAAUGUUCACUUAAGGGAACUCUUAGGAGCUCUUCCCCAGCAGUCAGCCCAUGCUUCAACUUCAGAUGCCCCUGAAGUGGAUAAUUCACUACAUAACCUCCUUACUCAUCUCUCAACUCUAACAGCAAAUCUAAGAAAAUUUCUCCCUGUGACCAAGGAUACAAAGAAAAGUCCAUCAGAGCAACUUUCUUCCCUUCCAGCUGGACUUAAGAAAGGGGACUUAAAUGAAAAUAGUAAAGUCGAUCAUUUGACUGACAAAAUACACGAUAAGUUAAAAAAAUUAAAGAAAAAGUAUGAGGGUAUGAUACCUCAACAUAUAGAAGAUAUACUUGAUAAUAACCAAGAUGUGUCCUCAUCUCUAACCAAAGACGCUGUUAAAAAAGAUGAACUAUAAUAGAGCAAUAAUAUUUUUUUGAAGAAAAAUCUAAGUUUAUCCUGAUGAUGCGUUCAAUCUAUGGUUUCGUUUACUCUCGUGGAUUUUUUGGUUCAGGUGUAUAGUGAAUUCAUAAAUUUAUUUAUUUAUAUAAAGGUGGAUAAUAUAGUGAUAAAUGUGUGCUAUGAUAUAUACAAUAUAUAUAAUAUAUUGCACAGGAAAUGACUGGAGGUUGCUCAGGGGAGCUGCUUAUCACUGUGAUAUAAGACAUUAGUGGAGCAGUUGGUUGUUGUGAGUUCAUAAAAUAUUUAUUCAUUUCAACAUUCAUACUCAAAUCAGUGCUCACAAAUCUCUACAGGGCUAAAUUAUGUGUGAAAGACCAGUGCCAGUGUUGAAAUGUUCUGUUGCAUGAAAAUAAACAUGACAGUGAAGAGAAGAUCCAAAUGUUGAUAAUAAUUUUUCUUUAUUUUAAUAAUUUUUGUUAUGUGAGUAAUCUUGAUCGCAUAUAAUUUGGUCCUGUAGGUUAAAUAAUACAGUACGUACAUCUUUGGUGCACAUAGUGUCAUGCCAUAGUCACUGGAAAACAUUCCACCAGCCUUACAAGGAAAAAUUUGCAGUAGAUAUUCCUUACAAAAAUGGAAAAAAAUGCAUAUUGUUUGUAUUUUUUAUUUUACGGGGAAUAUAAAGUUCAAUAAAUGAGGAUAUAUCUUCAAGAGCUCAUCAGCAAUUUAAUUUCAUGGUACCUUUAAUGAUCUGUACGGUUCAUUUCCAGAACUUGUUCAAAUACACCUUUAUCUAUGUUUGUAUGAAAAAUGUUAAGCAUUGUAGUAAUUCAGUGCAGUAUCUUGUUCAGUGGAAACCUCUUCACUUCAUAUGUCAAUCACUUACAAACAAGACCACUACCACUUUCCUUAAAGUAGUUAUUUAUUUUGGAAAAGCUUUAUUUCGUAUGUGCAGUUUUACAAAAUCCAUCCUGUACAAGAGUUACACAUAUUUGCUUGGGGACAAAGAAGAGUGAUUCUGUGCUGUGGAUGAACUGAAACAGUUUUCAUUGUUGUUUAAAGGCUUCCUUCUCGUAGUGAUGACUCUAGGAAACAUUAUGGAAAGGUUGUAUAGUCCCGGUUUAGGCUGUGAAGUAAAAUGCAUCAAAGCAACCAUAUAUGAGAUAUAUUGAUUAGUUUCAUAAGGUUGGGUUUAGUGGGUAAGUGCUUUACUGGUGUCAUCUUGCUUAAAGUCUUUUAAUAAGGACUGGGGAGUUUAUACAUCUCAGUCAUGCAAGUUUCAAAUUACUAAAUGCUAUUGAUGUAAGUGUUAUUGAAAGUGAUAUAUUUAUAAAUGGUGAUUGGAGUUGUUACUUAAUUUUUGAAGUAUCUAAACAUAAAUGACAACACCUUUCUUAGGACUUUCCUUCAAAAGUCAUCAAUAAUUUUCAUUGGGGUUUUUAAAUGAGUAAUGAAAGACUAAGGGUUGACAUCACUCAUGAUAAUCUCAUGUCAAGGCCUGGAUUAUCAUGGCAGCACUGGUUUUUAGCACUGAUUAUAUUUUUGAAAGGGAAGCCUAACAUUAAAAAGUUCAUUUUUCUGACAAUUGCCACUGAUUUUUCUUCUUGGCAUGUUAUUUUUAAAACUCAGUUGUUGCCUCAUAUUAAAAAUGUGUUAUGCAGUUGGAGGUAUGUGGUGACUGGGAUGAACUGAACGAUGGUUAAUUAUAAUAAAAAUACCAUAUAUAAUUACUUUUUUUUUUUUUUUUUUUUUUUUUUUUUUUUUUUCUAAAGUGCUCUGCCAUUUUUAUUACAACAGGUAUUACAGCCAAAUGUAAGUAGAAUUUUUUCUUCUUUGAAACAAACAGCAUAUUUUUAAUAUAUAUAUUUUAUAGUAUGAUUUUAAUAUAUUCAUAGAUGUCUCCACUUUUAAAAACAUUUUUUACAUUUUAGAGGUACGUAUAUUUUUAACAGCAAACAUUUUGGAAGAAUUUAAGAUAGGGAACUUGAACAUGAUUAUAUGUAUACCAAAGAAUUCCAAUAUAUAAAAUUAAAUGUUACAACUUUUUAAUUUGAAUUUAUGGGAAGACUUGUUGGAUUAAGGAUCUCAAGUUCUUAAUGAGAGUUCUCUUUAUAAUUGGGUGCUUGAAAAUCGUAUUUUGCAGUAUACUAUUAAAAUGGAAGUACAAGUUCAGGUAAUUAAUUUAUUUUAGGAUCUAACUAUUACCCAGAACAUUCUGACAGCCGUUUGUUACUUGAAAUAGAGUAUUCAUCAUUCGUAAGGCUUAUUUUGUGCUUCUGUCGUAUAAUAAUCUGAUCUCAAAGGACUUCUUGAUAAAUCUUGAGACGACCAUGUAUGCUUGUACACAAAGCUAUUAGGAGUCUCAACAAUAUAUGCUUGUGUCCUAAUUGCCCUGACCUGGGCUUUGUCUUUUACAUAUGCUUUUUGGAUACUUCACUUACUUGUGUUUUAGAAACAAAAGCAAGGUAAGAAAAGUGAUUAGUAAUCAGACAUAACUUUCACCAUCCAGAGUUUUCACUGGCAUUUUCAGUCUAUCUUUUCAGUGAGUAAUGUUUAGCGAUGUGGAACAGUUGAGCUCAAGUGUCAGUUACCCUUUAACAGCUUGUAAGAUGUUACAGCAAUAGACAUUUCAGAGUUGUAGACUGAACCUUUUCUUCAUGGUAUCAUCAUUUACACUAAUCUUUUUCUGAGUAUGUGCAUUACAGUAAUUUAAUCUAGUUUUAAUUAUGUAUGGACACUGUAUAUGUAUUUGGGAUAGUGUUGGACAGAGGCUUAUUAAUGUUCUGAAAUCAAACUUUCACUGAACUACUUGAAUAAAUCUAGUACAAAGUAAUUCACCUAUGUACAAGACGUACUGAAAUACCAUACGUAAAACAUAGAAAUGUAUCAUAUAUGUGUGUGGCACAUAAAAGUAAAAAUGUAGUUAUUGCGUGUACAUGAAAACAAUCGUGCAGGUUACCGGACCUUUGAUUAUGCAUUAUCAUUGGCAUUACAUUUUUUUUCUGUUUUCCAUCAACUAAGAAAAUACAUUCUAAGAAAAAUUAACCUUCCAGCAUCUCUCCAUUUUUGGUGAUAUGUAUAUCCAUAACUGUAUCCAGUCUAGCACUUUUCACAACUUCACUUGGAAAGGAGUAGAUAGUUACUUCAUUCAUAGCUUUUACUUGGUUUUCUGAAAUUCAGUAAAUAUCUUCGGAUCAUAGUUGCCCUUCAUCCCUCUUGUUAUGGUCUUUCUCUUUAGAAUUGGGAUAAUGUGCCAAGAUUAUUUUGUAUGACUUCCUUUUUUGCUCAUAACAUCUUCAGAGGUAAAGCUCAGUAGUUUGCAUGUAGCAUUGUUACCCAUGUACUGUAUUAGUGUAAAGAGUGGAUGGUCGAAGUAAAUUGUAGGAAGGAUCUCCCUACCUGCCAUUGUUGGUAAUGCUAUGAUUAACUCAAAAUCCUGAAAGUGAACAUACAUAGUCUUGAUAUCACAAUUACCUUUAUGUAAAUAAAAGUUUAUAUUUUAACUUGAAAUAGUUAUAAACUAAAGUGGACUGUACUUAAAAGUUGAAAUUUUGAAAAAUAUUUAAUCCAUUUUAGACAAGUGUGUGGAAAAAAAUUAUAAAAAUGUUGGUAUGUGAUCUCUAUAGAGCAGCAAUAAGGGGAUAGUUGUACUAUAUGGAUGCUUGCUCAUUUCCACAGGAUGAAGAUAGUGAUGUUUAAAAUGUAAAUUAAGAGCUCAUUAACUGCCAUACGAUUUAGUUACAAAAUGGUUAGCAAACCUUCAGUUCUCCCUUAGUGAAAUACUAAGUUUUCAGUCACUCUAAAUAAAGAAUAAUUGUUUGAAAAAAAAAAUAACUUAAUCAUGUAAAUUAGGUUUUUAGCUUUUGCCCUGUAUUAAUUUACAUGGUCUUCUUAAAUGAUCAGUGAUUUGGUAAUGUUGCAAUCACAAGUUUAGCCCCAACAGUCUUGUUACACAUACGGGUUAGGAAUUGAAAGUUUUCAAAUGUAUUAUUUUCACUGUAUAAUACAGAAUAUGCACCAUUUAUCAGUAUAUAUUUCAGUUUAUGGUUUUGCUAACUAAACAUACAGUUUCACAGCUGUUAGCAAGUUAAAUGUUAAUAAAUGCAUCGGUACAAUGGUGCUGGGAUAUUUUUAUGCAUUUUCUUUGUUUUUUAUUACUGUUAGUACUUUCUUAUGUCACUGUAUAUUUUAUUCUACUCACUUUACUCCUAAAAGGAACUACAAAGUCCCUUCAGGAAAAGUUUUUUAAAAAAUCAUAGUUCAUAUUCAAUUUUUAUUUUUAAAAACUGUAAAAAAAAAAAAUUAAGAAGCUUGAGAGAUGAAUUAAAAAUUAAGAGGCUUUGUAAAAAAAAAAAUUAAGAAGCUUGAGAGAUGAAUUAAAAAUUAAGAGGCUUUGUAAAAAAAAAAAAAAUAAGAAGCUUGAGAGAUGAAUUAAAAUUUAAGAGGCUUGAGAGAUGAAUUACAGUUGUUUUAGGCUGUUCCUUAACAUCAUAAGAAAAUAUUUGUGUAACUUGUACAUUCAUACACAGAAGUAGCUUUUGAACAGAGGAAAAUUUAUUAAUGUUAGCUUUUCAGGUAAUAAAUCGUGUGUGUAGGUUGACCAAAGCACAGAAUCUGUCUUUUAAUUGUUAAUAAAGCAUGAUGAUACUGUAUGACUGAAUUAUAGACUGGAGCCAAUUUGUGUUACUGUGUGCGUGUGUUUGCAAGUUGUGCACCAGUGUGUUUCUAUAAUGUGCUAGGGUUAAUGUGAAAAUUUUUUAAUAAAAGUUGAAAUCA